AUGGUUGCUUCUGCCAGGUUUGUGCAUGGAGAGAGCUGAGGAGUUUGUAAAAUAAAUGGCUCAUUUAAAUUGGGAGCUACUAAAAUACUUUCUGGCUGGCAAAUGCAGUGCCUAGUAGCAGCUAUCAGGGAGGAACCAAACAUGAGUGGGGGAGGGGAACAGGUCGACAUUCUGCCGGCCAACUACGUGGUCAAGGACCGUUGGAAAGUGCUGAAGAAGAUUGGUGGUGGUGGUUUCGGUGAGAUUUAUGAGGCAAUGGAUCUCCUGACCCGUGAGAACGUGGCCCUGAAAGUGGAGUCAGCCCAGCAGCCCAAACAGGUCCUCAAGAUGGAGGUGGCUGUCCUGAAGAAGCUGCAAGGGAAAGACCAUGUUUGCAGAUUUAUCGGCUGUGGAAGGAAUGAGAAAUUUAAUUACGUGGUCAUGCAGCUUCAGGGCCGGAACCUUGCAGACCUCAGAAGAAGCCAGCCUCGGGGGACUUUUACGCUGAGCACAACCCUGCGAUUGGGCAAGCAGAUUCUAGAAUCCAUAGAAGCCAUUCACUCCGUGGGAUUCCUGCACCGGGAUAUCAAGCCGUCCAACUUUUCCAUGGGUCGCCUGCCUUCAACCUACAGGAAAUGCUACAUGUUAGACUUUGGUCUGGCCCGGCAGUACACCAACACCAACGGCGAAGUCCGGCCACCUCGCAAUGUUGCUGGGUUUCGGGGAACGGUCCGCUAUGCUUCAGUGAAUGCACACAAAAACCGAGAGAUGGGUCGACAUGAUGACCUGUGGUCCCUCUUUUACAUGUUAGUGGAGUUUGCAGUUGGUCAGCUUCCAUGGCGCAAGAUCAAAGAUAAGGAGCAAGUUGGCAUGAUCAAAGAGAAGUAUGAGCAUCGAAUGCUGCUAAAACACAUGCCGUCUGAAUUCCACCUCUUCCUGGAUCACAUUGCGAACCUGGACUACUUCACCAAGCCCGAUUACCAGCUGAUCAUGUCGGUGUUUGAGAACAGCAUGAAGGAACGAGGCAUUACUGAGAACGAGGCCUUUGACUGGGAGAAAGCUGGAACGGACAUUUUAUUGUCUACAAGCACCUCCACGCCACCACAGCAGAACACCAGGCAGACAGCCGCCAUGUUUGGGGUGGUUAACGUCACUCCAGUUCCUGGGGACUUGCUGCGUGAGAACACUGAAGAUGUCCUACAGGGUGAACACUUGAGCGACCAAGAGAAUGCUCCUCCGAUCCUGCCAGGCCGGCCAGUGGAAGGGCUGGGCCAGGCUCCUAACAUGGCCUUCAACGAGACCGAGGUUUGGGAAGAGACGGACGUGAACCGCAACAAACUCAGGAUCAGCAUCAGCAAAACCCAGUGCAUGAUGGAAGAGGAACAGAGAAGUGGUGUCUGCCCCAGCUCCCCGAUACGGGCGCCUCCAGACUCCCCUACCACUCAAGUGCGCUCUCUGAGAUACCGUCGUGUGAACAGCCCUGAGUCGGAGCGCCUGUCCACUGCCGAUGGCAAAGCAGAUCUACACGAGAGAAGAUCUCGCGUGGACUUACCUUGUUCCCCUUCCCGGCUGGUGUGUUCCUCCCAACCAGCACAGAUGCUGUCCAUCGACACUGGCCAAGUAGACCGUCAGGCGAGCGGCAGGAUGGAUGUGUCUGCUUCCGUGGAGCACGAGGCCCUCAGCAAUGCUUUCCGCUCCGUGCCGCUGGCGGAGGAGGAGGACUUUGAUAGCAAGGAGUGGGUUAUCAUUGAUAAAGAGACAGAGCUGAAGGACUUUCCCCCGGGAGCUGAGCCGAGCACUUCUGGAACUACAGACGAAGAGCCCGAGGAGCUUAGGCCGAUUGAAGAGGGCGAGGAGAGGAGGCGAUUGGGGGCAGAAGCUGCCGUCCGGCCGAAGGUCCACGAUGGGAGAACAUGGGGGAUGCAGCCUGUGGCUGAGGAGGGCAGUUCACACAGGCACGAAGGACACUGUCAAACGGUAUCUGACACCAGACCCGAACAGCAGCCAGGAAGCCCGGCCCAAUUAUCGUUACACUCAGCACCAGCUCUCCGACAGCACAGACGGGAGUCCGAACCGACCGGUCCUCAGAGACAGGCAUUCCCAGCACUCCCUCCCGAGGUGUUUACACUGAACCCUUUUGAAAUGAAUGGUCUGCCCAAGGCGGUGCCUUUAAAUUUGCCUUAUCAAGACUUUAAAAGGGAUGUGUCAGACUCUAGGGAAAAGCCUAGGAUCCUCCAGCGGAUAAAAAAGGUCGACUUCUCAAACAUUGUCUUGACCGCUCCUUGCAAACCGCCGGAGCCCCGUCUGGAACUGAACGGGGAGUGUGAGGAGGAAGAGGAGGAGGAGGACGAGGAGGAGGAAGAAGCUGGUUAUCUGGGAGAAGAGAUUGACAUGCACAGUAGCUCCAGCAGCGACGUGAGUCAGAAAAGCACGGAGCGCAGUCAGGAAGGGGCGCCAUCCACUCUGCUGGCCGAUGAUCAGAAAGAGUCCAAGGGCCGCGCUUCCAUGGCCGAUGGCGAUUUAGAACUGGAGGAAGGCUCCAAAACACUGGUGUUGUUUUCACCAGGUGACAUGAAGAAGUCUCCACUCACCACCGACUUGGCGCCAGAUGUCGAUCUGGGGACACUUGCUGCUUUAACGCCUCAGAGCGAGAGGCCCCAGCCCCUGGGCAGCCAGCUGGAUGUGUCGGAGCCCGGGACCCUGUCCUCCAUCCUGAAGUCCGAACCAAAGCCUCCAGCAGCAGUUUCCACGACGUCCUCCCCCUUUACCAAAGUCGAGCGCACGUUUGUUCACAUUGCUGAGAAGACCCAUCUGAACGUCAUGUCUUCCGGCAGCCAGCUGGUGAGGCACGAGGUGUACGGCCCUCCGGGCCAACUGGAGGAGAUCAUCCUUGAGGAGGCGCUGGAGGAGAACCUGGGGUUGGUAGAAAAUGGGAGUGCGAAUUCUGGUUUAGAAGGGGGAGAAAUGGAAAGCUGCGCGCUCUCGGUCAAUCACAUCGAAACCUCCUCGGAGAUGGCAGGGGAGCCGCCGACGCUUCCCAAUGGCGUGGCCCAGUCCCCGGAGGAGAGGCUGGAGCUUAAAGGCAAAGCCGCGCUGGCACUGGAUUUGGAAGAAACUGGCCGGCUGGUUUCAGGAGAGCCUAGCUUAGAAAAGACCAUUCUGGCGACCGAGCGCCUUACGCAAGCCGAGGCUCUCCUGGGAACGGCGAAGCAGGGCCCGAGGAAGCCUCUGAGUGCCAGAUACAGAAGCCGGAUUCCUAUCUUGUUCUCCGAGGAGGACACCGGCUCAGACCUAUCGGCCUCGCUCUCGGCCAAAGAGAGGCUUCACAAGAGGGCCAAGCAGCCUGACUUGGUUCGCCUAGUGAUGGAGAGAAGGCAAAGCCGCAUCCUCAGAUUGGCCUCUGGCGCCUCCUCCUCAGCCUCCUCCAGCGAUGAGCGGAGACGUGCCUCGGAGACCCUCUCGGCCACCGGCUCGGAGGAGGACACCCAUGACUCAGACGACUCCAUCCCAAGGAGGACGGGGGAGGGGAAGGCAUCCCACCCGGGAAGAGAGGGGAAAACUUUAAGCACAAAGAGCAGAAUCCCUCGGCCCAUCGUGCCUGUGAGGACGUUGCCGGCAGCAGUGAAGUUUGGGAGCCCAGCAGCAUCAGGCAGCUCGCCGCUCGAUGCAGCUCUCACCGCCAGGCUUCAGAGGACAGCUGGGACUGCGCCCAGUGACUCCCCACUGAAACAGCUCCAGAGCCGGCUCCCUUCCUCCCCGAGUCCGGCUCCUCCUCCUCCCCCGUGGAGCUGUGCUCCCCCCUGGAGCCCCAGCCUGCCCCCACGCAACCUCAGUGCUUCCCCCAAAAGCCAGUCACUGUCCAGACGGGAGAGUCCUUCGCCCUCUCGGCAGCACAGGCCAGGGGCUGCCCUGCAGCGAGUUCAACCGUCUCCCCGCCCUCAACCCCGAGUCCUGGCGCGGGGGCUGCUGGGCGAUCCCCCGGCCUCCCCAGGCCUGGCCAGGAAAGGACAAAGAGGGAAAACCCAGACUCCGAGCCCAGCAACCAAAGGAAGGCAAGUGUUCGCGGAAGGCAAGGCCACGGCCAGAUAA